CAUUAGUCUACAUGUCGGUGUGACAAACGUAACACAAAGAACAGAUUCUAUAAAUUUUCAAUUUGUAUUCAGAUAACGAUAUGGCGUGAAGAACUAGCCAACUACAACAUUGAAACAUGGCUAUGUUCAGGAAUUCUGAUGAAUUAUGCGACGUUGUAUCCGCUGCAGUGUUUUGUGCCAUGGAUAGUACAUUGAUGCUUACCGUAGAAAAUUCUGAACAUUGGCUGCCUAGCGUUAAAGUCCCUGCAGGACAAUCUUGGGAGAAAGCUGUUGCGAAGGAAGUUCUUGAUAUCUUUGGUAUUAUGACAAUCGAUAAAGUGUUAAAGGUUACAAAGGUGUAUCUACCCAGACAUGCAACAAUAAACUAUGUGAUUCAUGUAGUAUUUGCUACUACGGUAGAUCCUGGGGUCAAGAACAAGUCAAAGAAUACGAUGGGCAAAUAUAGAGGAAAAGUCAGAUGGGUUGCAGAAGCAGAUUUGGCGAAACUGCUAACCAGUCACAAUUUGAAGAGUCCUGAAAUUGUUGAGUAUUUUGGAUUGUUAAAAAAAUCAAACCUAGGCAUAGAUCGACCUGAGGAAUACAUGACUAGAGAUAACUUCUGUGAAUCCUGUGAUGAUAUCAUUGUUACCGGAAAAGGAUCAACUCACCAUCAAUUGGUUGAGGCUUCUGGGAUUGAUAAACUAGCUCAAGAAUCUUUACUGAAAGAAUUUGUUGGCUGGUGCUUUCCUGCAAAUUAUAUGAAUGUUAGGGUAUUUUCCAGGUUAAUCCCUGACCUAGGAUGGCCCAAGGAGGCGGCUAUUUCUUUGUUCACAAAACCCAAAUCUAAGAAGCAAUUGGAGACUACCUAAUGCCAAUAUUUGUGCAGGGUUGAGAAAAGUAAAUGUGUAGUCUCCUCUGUAUACGUAGUUGAUCGAGGUGGAACCACCUCGCGGACUUUGACUAUAAGAUGCAGAAAUAUUUAACACGUUCUCUACUCGUAUAAAUAAGAAACAGGCGUCCACGACUAAUCUCUGCGGACAUAAAGAACAGAUAUGGAUUAUCGUUCAGAGAAUUUCUGUAUUUCUUGGCAACCGUGGAUCCAAACACUUCACAUGGAGGAGCUGCUGCGGAAAUUCGUUGUAGAUUCAUGUUUAGGUAUUACGAUCGUGAUAAGGAUGGUUUUCUCAAGUGUGAUGAAUUCAAAAAUGUCAUUUCUGAUUUGAGAAGAAGUAAGAAAAUGCCUGUCGAUGCACCUAAUGUUGCUAAGGAGACUUCCGAGACUUACAAAGCCAUGGGAGCUGCCGAUGGUUCGAAUAUCAGCGUGAUGGAUUUUUUGAAGGCGAUAUGCGACUUAAAAAUACGAGGAACUUCCAUGAUAUUUCGAUCCAGCGUGGGAAUAAUCAAGUACCUGAAAGAUGUACAAGAGAAAAGUGGUCGUUCAGCUGCAUCAGCUGUAUCGAGCGCAAUGCAAGGCAGUGUAGCGCAGAAUCCGCGAGGCAAGAUGACAACACCACCAAUGAAGUACCUUGAUUAUGAAGUGGCUGUGCACACUUUGAGGAUACAGAGGAGUGGAAACGCUAUCAACAUUGAAGAAAUGAAGACUUUACAAGAGGCAAUAUCGAUAACAACGUUGAAGCAGCCUCACAAUGAGCAAAACAGGAGGAUUUCAAUGGACCUCUUCAGCCAAAGGUCUGUCUCCAAUGAGUUGCUGAAGGGGUUGAGGUACCUGACUUCCAUCAACAAAAUCAAAGAGCCCAAAGCAAACUAUACUUGGGGCCAGUUGGAUCCCGCAAAUUUUGCCAGAAAUCUGAUAAAUGUUUGCAAUCAAGUGAAAGAAGUAUUCAGAGCUGAACCUAGAAUGCUGGAGUUGAGCUCCCCAUGCUACAUUAUGGGUGAUCUUCACGGAAACGUAGCAGACCUUCUGCAUUUUGAAAGAACCCUGUGGCACAUCGGACCAGGCCUGAGUCCAAGCAACUUGUUAUUUUUGGGCGACUACGUAGACCGAGGUGCUUACAGUAUUGAAGUAAUCUCAUACCUAUUUUCCUAUAAACUACAGAGUCCACGUAAGAUGAAUCUUGUCCGGGGUAAUCAUGAGAUCAGAGACGUGCAGAAAAUGUUUACUUUCUAUAAGGAAUGUUUACUAAAGUUAGGUGAGAAGCUUGGUAAUGAAGUGUGGAAUGCUGUCAAUAAUGCCUUUGAUGUGAUGCCACUGGCCGCUGUAGUAGAUGGAAAGUUAUUUUGUUGUCAUGGUGGUGUUCCCCCUCCUUGGUUGUGCCCUGUAAUAACAGCAAUCAACGAUGUGCCUAAUCCAUUGAAUCAGCCAGAUAUCCAGAGCUCCUUAGCCUGGGAAUUGAUGUGGAAUGAUCCAGUCAGACCGAAGACUGUAAAUGACAAAGUUGCAAUGGAGCUGCUAGCGAACGAAGGGUUUGCAGUAAAUGUCAGAAGAGGAACUGCUCACGUUUUCAGUGUUGAUGCAUUGGAAAGGUUUCUGAAGGCAAACCAGUUGACUCAUAUAGUCAGAGCACACGAAGUUGCACAAGCUGGUUUCCAGUGUUGAUAGUGGAAUAAGUUAAGAAUUAAAGUCGACUUCAACGCAUGAUCAUGAGGUGAUUUUUUUAUAAAACAAAAACCAGUAGGUAGUCGGCACAAGUAGUAUACGAGUACUUAAAGUAAUGGUGAGAAGACUAACAACUAGGCCACCUUUGACCCUUUUUGCCGACCCCGCCUACCAAUUGCAACAAAAAGGAAAGCUGCUGACGGUAUUCUCGUCUUCCAAAUACUGUGGUGGAAAUAACGACGCAGCUUGUGUGAUGGCAGAUCAAGGAAAGUUGAGAAUUCUCAGACUGGAAACGGAAUAAAUAAAAACUUCAUCUAAACAAA